CUCUGCUCUCCCACCCCCACCCCCCCCCCCUCUGACCCGUCAUCCCACCGGCUGGACCCCCAGCCUGGCCAAAACGUACCCAGACGGGGCCUGUCCAAGAGCAGAGGGAGGACCAGGAGGAGAGCGCCGCCCAGGCGGGCGGAGCAGCUUUCGUCGACAGAGUGGGUCCUGGACAGCACCCCCGGCACCCCAUGUCCCCCCAGCCCCCCUGGGCCCCCCUUGAGUCUCAGAGUAGUAGACUCUUAUGGAGAAUGGGCCGCCCUCUGGGAGAGCCAGUUCACCGCCCUCAACAUCCCCCACCUCCGCUCACACACCCUGGUACACACUGACCCCUUUGACAAGGCAGCGCUGCGGCAGUUCGUGGUGGAGCAGGGGCGCGGGGAGGAGCUACACAGCUUGCCCGACCGCGCUUACAUCCUGGACCAGCACACUUUCUUCAACGACAGCCGACUGGGCAGGAAGGAGAAGCAGAGGUUGGGGCUGAAUGCUCGCCCUCAGGACCGCCUGUGCUUCAGUCUGCCUGGAGCUCAACUCAGCGUGGAUUUCUUUAGACAGCAGGUGGAGAGGUACGACCUGAACAAAGUCCUGCUCAGAGGAACAGUGGAGAGGAUCGUACCAGUGAUGGAGGAUGACAAGAGGAGGAAGGAAGAGGAGGAAGAGGAGGAUGAGGAAGGGAAGGAGGAGAGGACGAAGGAGCAGGAUGGGAUUGAGGAGGAAGAAGAGACUAAGGAGGAGGUGGGGAGGAGCAGAGAGGAGAAGGAGGUAAAGUUCUUUAGAGUCCAUCUCCGCGGCGGGACCAUCCUCGAGGCUCGGAGGGUUGUCAUGGCGACAGGACCCACCCGGUCCCAGAUGGCGAACAUUCCUUCCUGGGUGUCGGCCAUUCAGGAGAGCUACCCGGAGGACCGCCUGAGACACACCGUCGCCCUCAUGCACCCCACCUGCUCACGCACACAGGAAACAGGAAGUGAGACACUGCUCUCACCUGAGGCCUGCGUUGUGUGUGAACCGGGAGAGCGGGUGAUGGUGAUUGGCGGAGGCCUGACCAGCGCUCACAUUGUCUCCACGGCGCUGUCGCUAGGCGCAAGCCACGUGGCAUGGGUGAUGCGUAAACACCUGCAGUUGAAGCAGUUCGAUGUGGGGGACGUGGAGAGUCUGGUGGGGCGCUACUCCCACGUGGAGCACGGCAUCAAGCUGGAUGGACGGGCCUACCUCAGGCAGUUCUACAACCAGAGCAGCCUCCACAAACGCCUGGCCAUGAUUCGCCAGGCCAGGAAGGGCGGGGCCGUCACCCCCGAGGCCUACGCCCACCUGCAGCCCUUCAUACAGAGUGGGCGUGUCUCCGUCAGAGCGUACUGUCAGGUCAGCGAGGCCCGCUGGAGUUACAGGGCCCAGGCCUGGAGUGUGGCCCUGACCCCAGAGGGAGACAGCUGGGCUGGGGACAGAAUCUGGCUGGCCACGGGCUGCAAGCUGGACGUGCAACAGGACCCCCUGCUCUCACACGUCAUCAAGGACUUCCCCAUACAGGUGAUAGAUGGAUUGCCCUGUAUCAGGGAGAGUUUGUGUUGGUCUCCAGGCUGUCCUCUCUACCUAAUGGGCCAAUACACAGCCCUCCAGGUUGGUCCGCACGCAGUGAAUCUGGCAGGAGGACAGGCAGCAAGUAUGCGCAUCGCCAAGGAUAUCCUGGGUAAUCCGGAAGUGGCGACGGAGAAAACGCGCACCGAGGAGUACGUUCAACAUAUGCACGGGCUGAUGUGGUUGUAAUGCCAAGG